GGCGUUCUGGGCCUUCUCAGCCUCCUGGCGAGGCGGGUGUCUCGGUCCCUUCCCUGCGGGCCCCUCGCUUACAAAAAGUAGCCGGCGUUCCUUUCCUAGCCUCGCGGGUCGUCCUCCUCCGGACGCUGGAUUGGACUGACGGGUCUGCGGCGGCUGUGGACGGCUCCCGGAGCUUCCUUGCCAGGGGGCUGCCUGGAGAUAUUUAUUUUCAGCUUGCUUCUUGCAGGGAGCCAAUUCCAAAUGCCCUGUAAUGGAUGAUGACAGUCAGGAUGAACUCAUAAACAAGAAUGCUGCAGUAAGCAAAGUCAAAAGAACAAAUGCACUGCUCUUCAGUGAUGCAGAUAGCAGUGAUGGAAAUAGCGGGGACUCAGAUAAUACAGGCAGCGAGGAAGAAGGUGAUACUGAUGAAGAUGCAGGUGAAGAGGAUGAAGAAGGUGAAGAUGAAGAUUUAGAAGAUUCUGACGAAGAUGAGGAUGAAGAUGAGGAGGAUGAAAUGGAAAUUUGUUCUGAGCAAUCAACCCAUUUGGUGAAGGAGAAGCUGCAGCUUAAUGAAGGAGGUGGUUCUUCUUCUGAUGAAGAUGCUGAAAGCUGCCCAAUAUGCCUCAAUAGAUUCAGAGAUCAGGCAGUUGGAACACCUGAGAACUGUGCCCAUUACUUCUGCUUGGAUUGCAUUGUAGAGUGGUCUAAAAAUGCCAACUCUUGUCCAGUGGAUCGAAUCCUCUUUAAAUCUAUCUGCAUUCGAGUGCGUUUUGGGGGAGAAGUCUUGAAAAAAAUUCCUGUUGAGAAUACAAAAUCUCAGAAAAAUGAACUGGAGGAUGAUCCAACCUUUUGUGAGGUGUGUGGCAGGAGUGACAGAGAAGAUCGCCUGUUGCUGUGUGAUGGUUGUGAUGCGGGAUACCAUAUGGAAUGCCUUAAUCCACCUCUGAGUGAGGUACCUGUGGAUGAGUGGUUCUGUCCGCCUUGUGCACCAGCUAAUAUGGCACCUGCUGAUACUGAAACAGAUCGUGUAAGUGAAGAGGAAGUUGCUGCCCUCAUAGCUGAUGUUAUCCCCACCACUAGUAGACUGCGUCCCAGUGUCCGAACUCGAGCAAUAGCUAGAACUCGCCAGAGUGAACGUGUGCGAGCAACGGUGAACAGAAAUCGGAUAACGACUGCCCAGCAAAUUCAGCAUGUGCCAAGGUACCUUAUGUCUUCCUUUCUUGAUGAAGCAAUUGAGGCAGUUGCAGCAGGGCUGAGCACAGCAGUGUACCAGAGACCGUUGAAUCCUCGGCCCACCACCAAGAAGAAACGAAAAGGCGGGAGAAGAAAGAGAGUGGCAGGUAAAAAGACUCAUACAAAAUCAUCUGCUGGUAAAAAGAGCGCUGGAACAUGGAUAAAGAGACGCCGGCAUCGAGCAAGGAAGAGAAAGAGGGAAAAAAUAAAACUAAAAACUGACGUGACUGUUCGUUCCCGAAUUGCCAAAACUCUUCAUCUUGGCAAGCCUGUACAUGGCAUGUCCAUUCCUUCUGUGUACAAACCAGUGGAACCCUCGCUUGGCCUUAUGAGAGCAGAUAUUGGAGCAGCAUCCCUCUCUGUUUUUGGAGACCCUUUUGAGCUGGACCCAUAUAACAGUAAUGAAGAGCUUCCAGUAAACUCAGCCUCACCUGUGAGCAUCAAAAGGAGAGUCCUUUCUCAGUCAGCACUUCGAUCUCAUCGCCCUGUUGCUAGGCCAGUCGCUGUGGGGCUUCCUGGGAGGAGUGUGCCAGCCUUGAUGCCUGAGCCUGAAGCUGAACCAGCACCUGUGCCUGACCUGUUGGGGAGCAUCUUGUCUGGACAAAGUCUUCUUAUGAUGAGUGGUUCUGAUGUUGUAAUUAAUAGAGAUGGUUCUUUAACUGCAAAGAAAACAGUCCCAUUGCUGCAAGGCAAUUCAAGAGUUGAGGAAAGCUUGGAAGGCAUCGCCCAGCCUGAUGCAGCAUGUUUGGGGACUGCAGUUAAUAAUUCUGGUGCUGAAUCUUUGAUUUCUUCACAACUGAAUCCUAACUCCAGAUCUACCAUUUCAACUACUUGUUUCUCAUCCUCACCUUUGUUGAACAUAGCAAACAAACUAACAAGUCCAUUGCAGACUACAACUGGAAGAGUACCUGUUCGAUUUGAAUAUUCAAUGACUCCAAGGUCUGUUCAGACACAGAAUCUAGCAAAUUUGAAUAGAUGUGGUCCCAAACUGGGUGAAGUAUUCAGAUUUAAUGGCAGUUCUAAACUUCAUGUGGCUCCACAUUCUGCAUCUUCCAAAACAUUGCACAGUACCAUCAGUUCAGUUUCAAAAACUGUACCUGUGAGGCAGCCUCUAAAACCUGCUCCUAAAAGACUUGAUAUCUCUGAACUUCCCAGGAUACCAAAGAUUAAAAAGGAAGCAAAUAGUGGGCAUUUGGAAUCACAGUCUGCCAGUAAUCGAUGUGGUGACAUUCCUAGUUCCUGCAUAACACAGUUGACUGGUAAAGGCAGUACAAACCAGCCAGUCAGAGGUAACAUGGAAAGCAGUGCAUCAUGUGCUACUCAGAGGAAAGCACAUUCAAGUGGAGGUUCUCCUACUGUAAAUGCUGUUGCCCGUGGCGCUUCCUCAGUUCCAUCAUCAAGAGGGAAAACUGGAAGCUCUUCCUUUGAGAGCUUUAAAAUCAACAUCCCUGGAAAUGUUGGGCAUUCCAGCAGGUUGUCUAAUCCUGGAUUUUGCAAUACUUUUCGACCUGUUGACAAUAAAGUGCAACAGAAAGAGAAUCCUUCUCCACUCUUUUCUCUGAAAAAAACAAAACCAAUCAAAAGUGAAAUAUAUGAUCCUUUUGAUCCAACAGGUUCUGAUUCGAGCUCUACAAAUAGCAGUCCUGAAAGGUUGCCUCUUACCAACAUCACCAGAACAAUAUCCAUAGCAAGUCCAAAAGUGCAGACGUUCCAAACAGUGCGUCGUAUUACCCCUUACACACUGGAAAAUAUCUUUGGAUCAGGAGCUGAAUCAUCUGAUGUGCCAUCAAGUAAUGCAGAGUCUUAUGAUGAUGCAGUGAGUAAAGAGAAGCUUGUGGAACAGGUCUCUGAUACAGAACAACAAAAAAUUGAUGAGGAUGAUUUAUCGAGUACACCCUGUACUUCAUCUGCUAUCAUGCAGGAAAUUACUUAUAUAGAGCAUUUAAAUAAAGAAAGCUCUAGGAUAGGUUUUGAGGAUGAUCAGGGUAUAUCUAGAGUGAAAAUGGACUUAGACAGUCCUACAAGUGAGAAUGAGCAGCAAAAUAUACCUAAAAAUGAACAAUCUGAGAAACUGUCAUUAUCAUGCUCCCCAACAAAUUCCAGUUCUCUGAAGAAAUUAAAACACAAAAAGACAGCUGUAAAAGAAUACAUGUCCACCAAGUCGAGAUCUAGAUCGAGGACACAUUCAAGGGACAGAAGCUCAAGAUCUACUUCCCGAUCUGGCGAAGAAAGCAGAAGCCAGAGGAUUAAAUCAAAGGUCAGGCAGUCAUCAAGUGACUACUCCAGCAGUUGUGAGCAAUCAAAAAAAAAGAAAGCAAAAGAUAAAAGUAAAGACAAAAAAGCAAAGAGCUCCUGGCCAAAAGAACGCAAGAGGUCUAGAUCACGGUCUGCUAGUCCAGGUAAUUCUUCUUUUGAAUGCUAUGGAAGCAGAAAGAAAAAAAAGCAUUCUUCUUCUAGAACAAGAGGACGAGAGUGUUCUCUUUCAGGCAGCGCUGAGAGAAUUAAAAAGAAGAAGCACCGAAGAGGGAGGAGCUGUGACAGAUACGAAAAGGAGAGGUCCUCAAGAUCCCGAGAGAGGAAAAGAUCAAGAUCCAGGUCUCUGGAAAGACGAAAAAAGAAAUCAAGGUCACCUUCACCAUCAAGAUUCAGAGAGCAUAAAGGAACUAAAUCUAAGGAAAAACAAUUGCGAUCUAGGUCACGGUCCAGAGAAAGAAAACGCAAGCCAAAAGAGGUGUUGUUACCUCCUCAAGAGAAGGACCAGAGAUCUUCAGGUGACAACCUGGACAGGUCUCUUGAACAUGCUCCUCCUCUGUUACAAGAGCUAGAAGAUACAGUGCAAGGACCUUUGAAUAUUCAUGUAGACCUGAUCCCUCCACAGGAUAUUAGUGUAAAAGGUAACCUAAUAGAAGCUGAUUUAGAAGAACCCAUUGCAGUGGAGCAAGUCUGUGAGAAACUGAUCACCAAAGCAGUUCCAUCUCAGCUGGAAUGCACAGGUUCUCAAACAUUAAGUGAGAGUGUAAAUUCAUCCUCCAAGAAGGAAGUGACAACAGGUGAUGAAUCACCAGAAUUUAGCAGACAGAAUUAUGAGACACCAGAGGAAAUUGCAGUCAAGAAAGAUGAUGUAUGUCCAUUUUUAACAGAUACUCUUCUAGAUGGGGAGGAACUUAUGCAAGAUUGUGAUGAAGCAACACCAACCCAAGUUUCAGCUGAAAUGAAAACAGCAACAGAGGCUGAAGAUGUUGGCCUUGUGUUAGAUGAGAAAGCAGCAGAUGUAAAUAAACCUGAACUAGAGGCAGUAGGCCAAGGCCCUAUGUUGAAAUCUAAAGCAUUAGUAAAAAGGGUUACAUGGAAUCUACAAGAGAAAGGGAGUGAUACAGUAACUGUGGACAAAACACCAAGAGUGCCAUUCUGCAGACAGCAGAGAAUGAAAGAAGGGGUCUGGAAAGCAGAGGAUUUGACCCAAACGUUAAAUCAGGUUUACAACCAAGACCUACCUUUGACAGCACCUCUGGCCUCAAGUCUGCCACCGUAUGCACCUGUCAGCCAGCCCACUGUUCAGUUCAUCAUGCAAGGGAGCCUUCCUUUGCUUAGCUGUGUGGCUGGACAGGGGCUGACUCCAGAGGCUGGCAAUCUCACUACAGCCUCAGAGCCAGGAAUUCAAGCAGCUUCCACAGGAGAUACAGAAGAAGAUAAAGUCAAAGCUCCUAAAUCUCCACUGGAGAAGACAAAAAAUGAAGAGUACAUGAAGAAGCUUCAUAUGCAAGAGAGAGCUGUGGAAGAAGUGAAACUUGCAAUCAAGCCCUUUUACCAGAAGAGAGAGAUCACGAAGGAGGAAUACAAAGAUAUCCUUCGGAAAGCAGUGCAAAAGAUCUGUCAUAGCAAAAGUGGUGAAAUCAAUCCUGUGAAGGUGGCUAAUCUUGUAAAGGCUUAUGUUGAGAAGUACAAACAUAUGAGGAAGCACAAGAAGACUGAUACUGAAGAAGAGCCUCGGGAACUUGGGAACUGAGAAGCUGAGACUUCAGGUGAAACAGUGGAGAUGCUUCUCAUCAAGGAAUUUUUCUUCCACAGAAAGAUGGAGAUACGCAGUUGCAUGUUAUGGAACACCCUUCCUCCCCCAAAAAACACUGGAUGCAAUGGGAUCUGCCUGCAGGAUAACAUGUUUUCACAGAGGACUAGAAUCUCCUCUUAAAUUUCACUGCAAUUCAAGAGCCAAAAUAUGUCAGCACAUCCCCCUUUAACUUGUGGAGUAGGUUUGGACAAAGAGAACUCUGUGUGUGUACAUAUGUAGGGGAGUGCCCUGUUUUCAUGGUUUAGGUUUAUCACUUUUUUGGGAGGGGGUCUGUGCAUCUGUCCUGCUCACAGGUGAAAGAAAACAUUUUUAUAUACUGUAUGCAGCAAUGUGUGCUGUUCCCAUUGUGUUCUUAUUUAUCAAAAAUACAGAUUCUUUAAAGAUUUCUCUGAAAUUGGUUUAAUACUUGAACUAUGGCAUUUUUGGCCUGUUCAGUUAGAGAAACUUUGAUUUAAUCUGUCAUAUGGGAAAUGAAGACACGCACUUAGACUUUAUGAAUUUUCUUCAGAAAAUAUUGCUCCUCAAGUGGCAUUUAUUUACCCUGUUAAAUUAACUUGAUGAGGAUCUCCAGAUGGGAUUUGUGGGGGUCUCAUGGCAGGAGAACUGAACUAAGUUGCACUUCCUGUGAAUAAUGUCCUGAAAGUUGGUUUUGAGUUGUUUUGCAUUGAACGAAGCUGCCUUUCACUGGCUGGGGGAUGGGUGGGGGGAAACACAGAUUGCGAAUUUUCAGUGGCAAAUCCAAGGAAUGCAAGAGAAGGAUGUAAAAAGCAGAAAUGUGACAAUUUAUAAAAUUAUUUUGAAUUGUUUUAGUCCCUGUAGGAGGUGUCAUUUGUUCUUGGGGUGGCAUGUAUGUACAUUGUCUGACUCUGGUUUGUGGUAAUCUAGACAGGGCAAAGUAUUUAUUUUUACAAAUGCUCAUGACAGACAUGCAGUUAAUUGAGUCUUGUAGGGCAGGGAAUGAGCCAUGGGACAUUGUGCACUCUCCCUUUUGGGUUUUUCUUUAGGUGCAUUUGUUAGUGUGAGCUUAAAUACACAUAGGAUGCUCUUAAAUUCCCUUGGAGACCCUGAUUACAAUCUGAUUGUCGAAGAGGUUGUAAGAGCAUCCCCAAGCUCAGUUUAACCUGAUUUGGUAAUAGUGAUAUGGGAUGGUGAAUAUAAGUACAGACGGAUGAAUGGGGAAGUCAUGUCUAAUCACAUGGCUUUGCUUCCAAUCUCCAGUGCACUAACCCUGCCUCUGUUCCAUCUUGAUUUAUGCUGUCCCCCCACCCCACCCCAAUACUGUUAAAUUGGGCUUCUGCUCAUCUGUCUUGCAAAGCACAGACUAGCUGCCUGACACAGGUAGUUUCUGACAGCUGUAUUUUAAAACUGUAAGCUAGGGACAAAAAGGAGGCUCAGCUAACCAAAAUAGUACAUAAUGGAAUCACAAGAUCUUCUCUACAACAGAAUGCGACUACUAAUUUUAUUUAAUUAAAACAUUUAUACUGCACCUUUCCCCAUGGCUCAAGGUUGCUUGCAAUACAUGAUUAAAAGUGUUCAAAUGACAGUUCAAGCCCAGUUAACCCCCAGACUAAUAAAAAUCUUUCAAACAGCUCCAUCAGGAGAGCAAUAUUCUUUACCUGUCAACAGAUUUUACUGUAAACUGCUUUAAGACCCAACUGAAAUAGUAUACAAUACUAUAAAUUGAAUGUUAACAUUUGCAGCAAAUUACCUCAAGCUUCCAUAAAUCUUGGCAGUAGGAAUGUAGACUUAGGGGUGGGGAGUCAGAGAUUUUAUAAAUAAAAAAUAUUAAGUCAUCUAACUACCCAAAAGGGAAUUUAGCCAAUUCAAAGGCUGCUACUGUUGCACCACCCAACUCAUUCCUCCUGUUGCUGAACAGUUUUCUUCACAUUUGGUGGUCAUUAACCAUGAUUUUGCACUACUGCAGGUGCUGCAGUGGCUACAGCUUUACAUAGUACUGCAAUGGACUGAUUUAGUAUUUAGUAUUUUCUUCAUUUAUAACUAACCUUUCUCCCCAAUGGGAAAUAAGCAUUCUCCAAACAAACAACCCUUUGGUUUAAGAGAAGAGUUAAGCUGCUUCAAAGUUAACUAGUGUUCCAAAAGGUAUAGAAGUUGUAAACUAACUUCCAUACUAUGUAAACAAUAUGCACCUUGCAUAGUCUCAAGUAUUGUACUAAUUUACAAAUUAAACCUAUACAUCCA